AUGGAACUGUACGAAACUCGUCUUUUCCCUCAUUCUCACCGCUCUUCACCCGUCUCUACUCCUUUAUCCAUCCUCGAUGCUACCGUUGCCCGAUUUGCCCCAGCAGGCGCCAUUUGGCUAUUUGAGCGUUUUCCAGAUAAUAUCCAAGAAAAGGAAUUCAUCGAUCGUCUCCAAUCCUCAUUUGUGCAAUCCCUAUCCGAUUACCCCCAAUGGGCCGGUCAGCUGCAAUGGGCCCCGGUUCGAGAGGGCGGCCUUCACACCGAACGCUUCAACCGGCCCAUGAUCGUCUACGGGACGCCUAAUGAUCCCGGAGUUGAGUGGCGUGUCGUCAGACGAGACAACGUCUCAAUCGGAUCACUAGUACCUUCAGCCCGGGAACGAGCAAGCGCCGGAACUUGGAAUGGGGACAAUUUCCCCCAGAAAGAUUUCCUGAGUGAGAGCCCGUUGCCAUUGCAUGAUCUGCGUGAAUACCAGGGAUUAUCCGGUAUGCAAGUGCAGAUCACGCUAAUGCAGGACAGCGGAUACGCAAUUGGAAUCCAAAUGGCUCAUGCCCUGGCCGAUGCUCAGACUUUGAUGGUAUUUAUGCAUCAGUGGGCGGCUGCAAGUAGAGCGGCGUUUGGUUCAGAACACACACAGUCAUUGAUGGGCGCUCCUAUCUUUGAUCCAGCGCUGUUAGACUCACAUGCCGCUGGGGAUAUUGAUGGCCCAGCACCUGAUCAAGGACUGAUUGCUGCAGCGCGUGAACUGCCACUGCACCGGUUCGACUGGUGGAAGACGGACGAUCCGGGAUAUCCGAAGGUAAUGGUGCCCAAUACGCUGAACUCGAUGCCUUCUCGUGAGCUACUCGACAGAACCGAACUCUCUCCAUCGACAUCUGCACCAUGGAUGUCGUGGGACCUGUCCAGGCCAAUUCGCUAUACACAGAUCCAUUUCUCAGGGGAUCAAUUGGCAGAAUUCAAACGGAAAGCGAUUGCAGAAGGUCGUGGGGAUAUCUCUCGACUCGACGCAUUACUAGCUCACCUCUGGAUCUCCAUCAACCGUGCCAGGAAUCUCGCCUAUUGCUCCGACUCAGUCUUCCUAGAUCUUUCCAUUGGCGUUCGAACGCGUGUGUCUCCUCCGCUACCCGAGACAUUCCUCGGAUCACCGCUCUUCCUUUCUCACGUAGGCUCCUCAGCAAAUACCCUCUGCGCCGCAUCCAUCGGAACAAUCGCCAGCAGAAUCCGACAGACAAUGUCCCUAUUCACGCCGGACAAGAUCGGCGCAAUGCUCCACGAUGCCGCGUACGAGAUCUCCCCGCAGCGGCUGUGGCAGGCGUUCUUGGGGACCCGACAUGUCCUUGUAACCUCCUGGUUGCGACUGAAAGUGUACGAAGUGGACUUUGUGGGCGAUGAGAACCGUCCGCGGUAUGUGCAUGCUGUUUUGCCCAAGCUAGAUGGGGAAGUGCAGGUUAUGGAAUCGGGGGUCGAUGAUAACGGGGUGGAUGUGGCACUGUACCUGGAGGAAGAUGUUAUGGAGAGGUUCCUGGCUGGACAGAGGCAGUUUACGCUGUAG